CAAACCGCAGGCACCUUGUAAUGGCUGUGUUUGAUAGACGCACACCCCCAUGGCCGGGCAGCGUUGGUUCCGUCUGUUGCCCUGCGUGUCGCUCUCCUUCCUGAAAGAGGCUCGUAUCAGAUCUACCGACGUCGCUGCGCUGAAGCGGACACAAUAAAAGUAAAGUCCCAAGAUACCUGAAGAUCCUGUCUGUGGACUCGUACAUGGCAGUGAGCCAUCAUAGUGAAAACUAAAACCAAGAACCCUCAGCCUCAGAUCAUCGCCCCCGUAGAUGCCGCUCAGUCUUCGUCUUUGCAAAUGGCUUGUUGUCUGAAGGACGAGCUCCUCUGUUCCAUCUGCCUCAGCAUCUACCAGGACCCCGUCAGCUUUGGCUGCGAGCACUACUUCUGCAGGAAGUGCAUCACCGAGCACUGGAGCAGAAAGGAGCUUCACGGAGUGCGAGACUGUCCCGAGUGCCGGAGGACCUUCGCAGACCCUCACCUCUCCCCGAGUCUCAAGUUGUCCAACAUUGUGGAGCGCUACUCGGCCUUCCCGCUGGACGCCAUCCUUAACGCCCAGAGGAGCUCCUAUCCCUGCAAGGACCACGAGAAGGUCAAGCUGUUUUGCCUCACCGACAAGAGUCUGGUGUGCUUCUUCUGCGACGAGCCGGCGCUACAUGAACAGCACCAAGUGACCACUAUUGACGAGGCUUACGAGGAGAUACAGAGGGAGAUGAAGGAGCAGCUGUCCACCCUGCAGGACAGUGAGAAGGGACACACUGAGGCCCUGCAGCUCCUGCAGAGACAACUCACAGAGACCAAGUCCUCCGCCAAGAGUCUGCGUGCAACCAUCGGUGAUGCUUUCGAGCGCCUCCACCGCUUCCUGCGCGAGCGUCAGAAGACCAUGCUGGAGGAGCUGGAGAUGGACACAGCCCGCAAGCUUUCCGACAUCGAGCACAAGAUCCAGCGCUACAGUCAGCAGCUGCGUGACGUCAAGGAGGGCAUCCAGAUCCUGCAGGAGCGCCUCAACGAGUCUGAACGACACGAUUUCCUGGAGGGAGUCGCCGUCACAUCUGAGAGGAUUAAAGGAAAGAUACAUGAGACCAAUCUGACGUACGAAGACUUCCCGACCUCCAAGUACAUGGGGCCCUUACAGUACACAAUAUGGAAAUCACUCUUUCAGGACGUUUCACCAGUGCCAGCAGCGUUGACCCUCGAUCACAUCACAGCCCACCAAAGACUGAUCCUCUCAGAUGACUGUACCAUCGUGGCCUACGGGAACCUCCAUCCGCAACCACUGCAGGACUCCCCGCGCCGCUUUGAUGUGGAGGUGUCUGUUCUUGGGGCUGAGGGCUUCGCCUCGGGCGUCCAUUACUGGGAGGUGAUGGUGUCGGAGAAGACCCAGUGGAUGAUCGGGGUGGCCAACGAGACGGUCAGUCGCAAGGGCAGCAUCCAGAUCCAGCCCACCCGUGGCUUCUACUGCAUUGUCAUGCACGACGGGAACCAGUACAGUGCCUGCACCGAGCCCUGGACCCGUCUCAACGUCAAGAGCAAGCUGGAGAAGGUGGGCGUGUACUUGGACUACCCGAAAGGCCUGCUCAUCUUUUACAAUGCAGAUGACAUGUCCUGGCUCUACACCUACCGAGAUAAAUUCCCCACCAAGGUCUUCCCCUAUUUCAGCCCCGGCCAAAGCCACGCUAACGGCAAGAAUGUGCAACCGUUGCGAAUCAACACUGUGCGCCUAUAGGAGCGACACAGUUCUAUGGUCGUGAUUGUCCUCCGAGAUGUUUCCAUCCUGAAUUUGCAGGACUUGUGUAGGAAAAAAGUUUAAGAAGUGUUUAAUUGGGUGUUUGAAAUGUUUAUUCCUUUAAGUUCUGUGUUAAGAAUUGUGCUUGAUGUUGCUCUUCAAACCCACGCUGUUGUUUUUUUUUUGUGACUUGAAACGAUUGUACGGUAAAGGCCUGAGUUUGAGCUUCAUUCCACAUCUUUCAUUGAAAAGGUGACACGAAAUGGAGAGGGAAAGGGGCCCCUGGGCUUCUCUGGGGUCUGUGGCAGCGUGUUUAAAAUCAAGUGAUUUCCACUCUUACGGUGGCUGUCCCAGGCCCAACUUGCACACUCUCAGGGGGCACCACUCCCCUCUCUGUCCAGGCACCCGUCUUCUCUAUGCUGUAAAGUUGGCUAUUCUUCGUUUUUGGAAUGUGAUUGACAGUAGUCUGCUCUUUUUUCCUAUCUUUGGCUUUUGUUUGGCGUUGGCCCUGAACUUGUCAAGUCUGUCUGCACUUUUUUUUUUUAUUCCAUCCUAGAUGAUGAUCUAAGAUGCAUUGACAUGGGUCUGUUCAGUCAUUCUAUGUGCACCAGUGGCUCUCCACAUUACCUAAAACAAAUCAUAUGAAUGAUGAAGUAGUUCAUAGGCUUUUUUUUUGUUGUUCACUUAAAUAAUGGAUUUACACAAUUUUCUGCCACCAGCCAUGAUGUUUGAUCAUUUUAUCUUUGACUCAAAAGAACACUAAAUACUCAUCGUCUGGGUAUUUGAGGCAGAGACCCCUGGUUAUAAGAAUCUGAAACGUUAAAGAUCAAAUAUAGCUUUUAAAAAGCUGCAGAGACCAGCUGUUGACCAACAAUUAUUUCCAAUCAUAUAAUGUAUCUUAAUGUCGUAAGGCUGUCUGUUUUAGGAUGUGGCAAUUUUCAGUUAACAGUUGGAUGGACGAAUGGACUGUUGGUUGGAUGGAUGGUUGAUGGACUUUAUCCCAACUGUGUAAUCCUGGGAUUCCCGUGGCUGUUGCUCCAUUACAUAAUGAUCAAAUAGCUGAUAAUUCCCCCCCCCCCCCCCCCCAUGGCCCUAAAACGCUCUUGUUUGUCAUCAGUUGUAAACAAGUCCUGCAGAAUCUGCCCUAAGAGGCUCCUGUCCCUCAGCCAAAUACAGCAUACUGAGAGAUGUGUGUCUGUGGGUGUCUGUGGCUGGGCGUGUGCACAGUGUGUUUGAGUCACCAGCAUUAACUGUUAUUUUUAAAUCCCUCAGCAUAUACCCAUGAAGUGGCCAAAGAUACUUCUGAAAUGCUGAAAUCAGAUAUAAAACAUUUUUCUGAAUGAACUUAAGGGUCACCUUACCUUUGCCACUGUACAUCUUUACAUUAUGUGUAUGUAUAGUCUAUGUUGUCCACUCAAAAGAAAAAUGGGCAGUGCCCUCGUUUCUGUAGGAUCUUAUUCCGGUAUGUGCAGUAUGAUGCAAACUGGGGUCAAACUCUGAGCAUGUGCAAAAGAUUCCAGGUCCUUGAGUUGCUUAGGAAAUGAGUAACAUGAUGAGUAAAACUGGUGAGUAAGUUUUACUGGGAAUUACUCAGCAAAUCUGUCCAUUUCAGUUGGUUAGGAUUUAUUUAUGAAUGUCGGGUUUAGACAAUCAGGACAGUGUUCUGUUAUUUUAUCCUUGAUCAAUCUGUCGUGAUCUAAAAUGUUGUUUUGAAAGUAAAUUCCAACCAGCUGGGCUCAUGCAGGUUACAACACAUGUUUGAAUUUGACGCCAGUUUUCUGUGUUGCAGACCUUAGUGUGGUCGGCUUCAUCAAGAUUCUAUGUUUUAAUAUGAAGAAGGAGAUUAUUGUGAGAUGGUGGUGGGUUACUGGUGCUGCAGGUGGGUAAAAUGAUUUUGAUGAUGGUAAUUAUAUAUAAUUGAAAUGAUGAUUGUGUCUUUUGAUGAUGGCCGCUGGGCACCCAUCAUUGUGUGAACACACUCUGGUGUGCUUCUGCUGCUGGAGGUUUGUGGGAAAUGUUUUGAUGUACAAUAAAUUACUGAGAAACUCAGACAA